AUGUCCACGAACGUCACGGUAGAGCGGCCAAUCCGGAGCCCGUACUGCAACAACAAGGAGUCGUUCCUUGGUGUGGGGAACACCGAGUGCUUGCACGAUAACAUUGAGACGGCGGUGAUUCUGCUCGCAGUCAUUGUGGUCGUGUCGAUUGGCGUGGAAAAGCUGAUCCACCACAUUCGCGGCUCUAUCAAGUGUCCGCAGCUCGGCAAGAUUGUCAACCGCAUGUUUGAGGAGAUCAUGAUCAUGGGGUUCCUCUCCAUGACCAUCUUUGCGCUCAACACGAGCGGUGCCAUGGUGUCGCUCACGCUGAACGAGCUCACGCCGUACGAGAAUCUCCGCUUCUACGAGUUCUUCCACUACAUUGUGUUCCUCACGAUGAUUUACUUCAUCAUCAUCGUCUUGCUGCUACUGUUCAUUGGUACCGUCGUGCCCAAGCUGAUUUGGGACAUCAAAAAGUCGCCCGACCACUGCAAUGAUGGCACCGUCGACAUCCACGGCAACGACACGUACGACACGCGAGACCCAAGUUUCAGCACCGGCUUUAGCAGCGAUUGUACUGGUAACAACCAUCGCAUGCGCCACUCCUUCAUCCGGGGCACAUCGUUUCUGGACCGUGAACUCAAUCCUCACGGCAGGAGCAGUAGUUUCACUGGUGACGCCGAACAUGGACCACAUGCCGACUACUACCUCUCUGUGCAGUCCCAGCAAAACUUUGACGAGGACGGCGUGUACCACAUGAUGGCGAAUCGAGAACGCGCAUUGUCCGGCAUGGACCUCGUCAUUGGCUCACGAGCAUACAAUCUUCUUCUCCAGCGAUACCAACGGGAAGGAUGGUGCUUGCGCAUCAACAUUCACAAGCAAUGGAACUUGUGGAAGAGCUUUGAAAUCCUCGCGUACAACAUCUGCCAGAACCGAAGCGGGUACAUCUACAAGAACCCUGUGGAGAUGGAACGACUAUUUGGGAUCCGGCCGGCUGCUCAAGUGCACCACUCAGACUUCAAAAAGUUAGCCGGUGGCUACAAUGCACACGACGUGCAUCGCGAAGAACCCAUGACAUACGCCAAGUACCAUGUGCUCUGUAUGCGCAACAUGCUGCUCCACAUGACCCAUAUCCCUCCAAGCGCAUACCUGAUCUUCAUCGUCAUCUGCCUGUUGCCAACGCUCUUUCCUGACAAGGAUCGAUGGAUCUUCAUGGGCGUGGGGUUUAUCCUGCUGAUGGUGAACGUUGUCGUUUUCUUCAAGGUGCUGAAGAUCUUGCGCGGGAUCGUAGACGACCGUCUCCACGUCAUUUCUAAACGAGAAAUUGACGCGCGAUUCACGAAAGUGCUCAUGGAAUCUCGCCGUCUCACGUCAAAGCGCCAACAGGCUGCACUUGCUUUGUCACCCGACUCGAGCGGCGAGGAGCACGACUCAUCGGCAGGAGAGGGCUCAAAAAAACUGCGGACUCCGUCCAAACGGGGAAUCAAGUUGUUCAAGUCAACUGCGCUUGCUGUCCGUGCUGUUAUUCGCAUGCAGAUGUCUGCACUUUGUCACCGGCAACUGCAUUACCACAACGACCGGUUCUGGUUCCACAGCCCCACGUUUUUGCUGCGCAUGUUCCAGUUCGCCACAAUCGGUCAAGCUUUCUACCUGGUUUGGUUUUCGCUCGUUGAAAUUGCGAACUUGACAGACUCGACCAAUGUCAGGGAUGGUGAAGAGUUCCUGUUGUUUGUCAUGGCCUUUUUCCCAGCCGUGUCGCUCUUCGUCAUUACGCCACUCACGAUGCCGAGUCUCGUGCUGGUCAUGAGUCUUACGGGCAUUUUCGUCGAGCUCAAUACGGUUGUCAGCGACGAUAAAGGCAAACAUCGCCACGUGACCGAAGAAGAGAUGAAGACGCACACCAGGUUCAUCCGCCGUACUUACUUGAGAAGUCACUACACGGACGACGGGAAUUUUCAGCCGCCGGCUGUGACACCAACGUUCGGCCCUAUCAGUCCAGCGUACUGGCAGGAACCAGCGGCGGAAGAUCGGACCUCCGUGGCCUCUUCGUCCAACGUGUUCCUUCGCACCUACGAUACGCCAGCACCUUCAAUUGGUGCUCGAGGCGCAGGGGACCGUGGAUCAAUUCUCCAUCCUGGUAACGAUAGCACCGUGGGUCACGGCUCUGAAUUCGGCCGUCCGAGAUACAACAGCCAAUCUACUACUGGCAGCAUCGGCAACAGGCGUAGUGAGGACAAUGCGCGGCAGGGAUUCAACUUGAGGGAGUUCCAAUCAAUGGGAGGUGACGCUGCGGCUGCACCUGCAAACAACCGUACCCGCAACCCUUACAAGUCCGCGUCUUCGUUCACGAGCAACACAAGCAGCUCGAGCAAAACCCCUCGGCCGGCCAGAAAGGAGACCCGCGCCCCUACCUGGAAAAAGCGCUGGAGUCAGGCUGACGUCGAUACAGGCGCGCAAGCCGGCAACAACGCGGAUGCUGACAGCGACCAUGAGGGUGAUUUGGAUCACGACCGGAGGUCUACUGCUGGGUCCUUCAUGAGUCAUUGUUCCAAGUACGGCGGCUACGCAGACGUGUGA